GGGGCUUGCCGUCCCCUCCCAGCGUGCUUUGCGUGGCGGGAACGUUCGGAACCAGAGCGCGGCUCAGGCAGCGAUUGAAAAAGCCUGAAUGAGUUGAUUUUUUUUUUUCCAAAGAAAGAAGGCUCCUAAUGAAAAGUGGAGAUAUUCAGUCUUGAUGUUGUCAAAUAACUAGAAAAAGAUGCUGUCAGAUAAACAAGAACAAAUCUUGUCUUACAAUGGAGAGGUCCUCAUUUUUCAUCUGUCUAAAGCAAAAUGUGGAGAGGGGACAGUUAAUAAAACAGCAAGAUUACAUGUCAGAAGAAUGGUGUUUGACAGUGACACUAAACUGUUUGUUCAAAAAUCUUCUGGACUGUUCAGCAUGCAUGGUGGGCGCUUGGGAAUCGAAAUGGUUUGUUGUAGCUGUACAGCAGACUUCAGGACAGGAAUUAAUCUUCCUUGUAUCUUGAUGAAAAAGAAGGGAGAAAACAGUGUUUUCAAAUAUUUUUUAUUGUUGCUUCACAACUCCAAUGAAUUUGAACCAUGCUUAAAUUUUAAAUUGGACUAUGAUCUUAAAGAAGAUAUCAGGUUAUUUACUGGCCCAUCAGUGUUAUGGAGGCAUGCACAAAAACUCUUCUAUAUCUCUCCCACAACUUGUACAGUACUUAGUGCUCCCAUUCAUCUUUCUUCCAUUCAGUGGGCAGGUGAUAUUGAGAAUGAAGGCAUCAUUGUAUUGGGAGUGAGAACUGUUUGUUCGCCAGAGGGAGGAGAUUGGCAAAAGCUUUGCAGCUCAGAUGAAGCCACAUGGGGUAGCAAAUUCUUUGGAUAUUCUCUUGAAAAUCAGAAAAUAUUAAGUGACACCUGCUUUCUGCCCCAUGCUUACAGCACUGUGGUAUCUUGUGUACAUGUCUGCAAGUUUAAGGUCUUGAAAAGCCAAUUUAUUACAUCAGUUGUUGCUGUCACCCACAAGAACCAGCUGAUUUGGUUCCAAGAUGGACUUCCUAAAGAUGUCUGUCAGCUUCCAUAUGAGGAACCCUACUUAAUACAAAUUGCCACAACAAGUGGAAACAACUUAUUCUUUAUUGUGUCUUUUGCUUCUGGAGAUGUGUGUGCUGUGUGGAAAGACAGCUUUCAGGUUGCUGCCAAAUGGGAGAAAGUAAAGUCUGUUCUGGUAGAUGAUUUUAUGGGAACUGGAACUGAACAAAUUUUGCUGGUUUUUGGGGAUAGAACCAAUGCAGAUAUUUUAAGCUUUUUCAGGAUAACAGAUUUUGGAGUAAUCAACUAUUCAAGUGGAAUCAGUUAUAAAGAAGAUGUUCCUGUUACAGCAGAACUACAAGAGAAUGGUUCUCUUACUAUACAGGCUCUUGAAGCAAGAUUACAGGCUGGUUAUACUUCUGUUCAAAAACUACAGCAGCAUCUAGUGCUCAAAGAGAAGGUCCUUUUUGAAUCUUGCAGAGCAUUAAUCAAUCUUGUUCAAGAGAGAGAGCAUGUUUUACCAACUGCAGAAGAGGAAGGUCUUGUUUCUCUCUGGGAUGAUACAGAAAAUCCUUUUUCUUCUCUUAAUAAAGAGACAGCAUUGGGAUCUGAGGAUCCAGAACAAAUCAUAGAGAACGUGUGGCAACGUGUGGUGGAUGAUAGCUUGGUAAUUGGAGUACAAAUAACAGAAUCGCUUAACUUGUCACUGAAUGAUGUCAGUUUAUCCCUAGUCAUGGAUCAAGGCUCCACUUCAGUUUCUCCCAUUAGAUGUCAGAAUAAAAUUGUUAAACUAAACAAGGCUUUCUCAACAAUGUCCAUCUCUUCAUGCCAGACUGAACCACCAACAAAAAAGUUAAAACUGGACUUCCAUAGCAAGAAUUAUGUGAAAAAAGAAUACCAUGAAAGAUCUUGUAAAGUUCUGGCAGAUGGAGUAAAAACAUUCAUUGCUGUUACCCAACUUUCACCACUACUUGCAUUUCGUAAUGUGUGUUGUACAGUGCUCCUGCACGCAAAGAGGAGAGAACCUCAAGAUGGCAUCUUACAGGGAAACAAGAAAAUUACUCUGUGUGGAAAAAUGUCAUUAAAUCUGGGAGAUAUUUCAAGUGGAAAAUAUUCAAUAAAUGUGUUGAAUGACAAUAGUACAAUGGAAGAUGUAUUUGCUAUUCUUGGGGUCUCUCUCAAAUUCUCCUUUCACAUAAUCUCAUCUGAAUGUACACUGACUCUUGUGAACAUGUGGCUACAGGAUCAAAUGAAAUGUACACCAAUCAAAGAAUGUCCUGAAAAUAUGGUCUGUCAUAAAUUGGGAAGUCUGCAUGGCACAGUCUUUAACUGGAAUUUGAAAACUCCAUUCAAAGGAAAUUUAACAUUGUUUUGCAGAAAUAAAGCUGUCUUGUUCCAGUGUCUUCAUAGUCUCGUUAACAUUCUCCCACCAAACUGUAAAAUAAAAUAUCAAAGGUUAGAAAGCAAGGACAUCCUUGCUAACCAGUUUCUACUGGCUUUGGAAAAGGAAAUGGUCACCCUGAGAGAGUCAUUCUCUGCUGCAGAAAGUGAACUUGGAGACAACUUCAUAUCAAGGUAUGAAUCAGGAAAGAUGAUGAACAAUGUCACAGUGGCUUCUCUAUUGGAUAAUAAGCAAACAGUGCAGCAAUUCAGAAAGGAGCUUCAGAGUGACCAGAAGCAAAGCACAAUGGGUAUGAACCAAAGAGUGAGUGGUAACCUUUACAGAGGAAUUGCUUUGAAAAUGGCUGAGGCUCAGCUGAAUUCUGAUAUGAUUGCAUGGAAACUGAACAACUCGUAACUGUCUCCUUAACUUUAUUUUGAAUAUUUUUAUUAAUGGUUAUAUCAAGCACUAUUUAUAUUUUAUUUUUCCAUUUGUAAUUUCAUCUUAAAAGAUGAAGAAUAAAACUACUUUUUUCUA